AUGGAUAAGCGAGAAGUAUCACCAAUUCGUGCUGGAAAACGAUCAGAUAUGACGUUGAAUCCAUCGUACAAAGACGAUGAUUUUGCAAGCCUUGCAGCACACGAGGGAGAUGGUCGCUUGUUCAAGAUGGAAAUCGAUUACACUUCGCAAGUUGAUGAAGCACUGCUUAAAGCCGAUGCGAUUGCAAGAACUGGUGAUGUAGUUGGUGCAGUUGAUUCCUUAUCAGCGUUGGAGAAACUCACUCGUCUUGGAGUUGAUAUGCGAUCGAAUACAAGAAUUGUUGAAUAUAUGGUGAAACUGUGUUUUGAAGGUGCGAAUUGGACCUUUCUUAAUGACACUAUAACGGUUUUGUCAAAAAAGCGUUCAAUUAUUAAAAUGGCUAUUGCAAAAAUGGUGCGUGAUUGUUGUGAAAUGAUUGAUAAAAUGCCUAAUGAAGAAGUGAAAAUGAAAUUAAUCGAAACAUUGCGAACAAUCACUGGCGGAAAAAUAUAUGUCGAAGUAGAACGAGCGCGUCUUACAUAUCGCUUGGUUAAAAAACUGGAAUCUGAAGGUAAAAUUGAUGAAGCAGCUACUAUGCUUUUAGAAUUGGAAAUUGAAACAUAUGGGUCAAUGGAAAUGCAGGAGAAAAUUGAAUUAUUGCUGGAACAGAUGCGAUUGUGUUUGAUGCGAAAAGAUUUUAUUCGUGCGUCGAUAAUAACCAAAAAAAUCUCAAAAAAAUUUUUCCAAGAUAAGAGUGAUGCGGUGCAAAGUUUGAAAUUGAAAUAUUAUGAUCUAAUGGUAGAAUUAGCUUUGAAUGAUAAAGCUUAUUUGGAUUUAUGUAGAUAUUAUCUCGAAGUUUAUGAUACUCCCUCAAUACAAGCCGAUAUUGAGAAGACAAAGCAUGUGAUAAAAUGUAUAGUAUUAUACGUUCUGUUAGCCCCUUACACUAAUGAGCAAUGGGAUUUGAUGCAUCGAAUUCACUUGAUGCGUAAACUUGAGAUUGUUCCAGAAUAUAAUUCGCUUUUAGAACUAUUCAUAAAUCAAGAAAUUAUUGCGUGGAAGGUAUUAUCAGUAUUAAAGCUUCUUCUUCGUAAAGGUACCGCGCAGAAUCAUGCGACAGGAAUUUUUGCUGAUAAUGAAGUCGGCGAAAAACAUUGGCUUGACUUUCAGACUCGAGUUGGAGAACACAAUAUGCGUAUGAUUGGCAAAUAUUAUACUCAGAUCACGUUUGAUCGUUUGGCGCAACUCAUUGAUUAUCCACCUGAUAUCAUGGAAGACUUCUUAUGUAAUUUGAUUGUUAACGGUACACUUCCGGAUGCGAAAAUUCAUCGGCCAUCAAGAAUUGUCAAUUUACGAGCAAGAAAAGCAAAUAUUGAGCAGCUUGACCAAUGGGCUACUUCUAUUCGUCAACUGACAGACAUCUUAAAUAAGGUUUCACACUUAAUCACGAAAGAAGAAAUGGUGCAUCGGCAUUUGGACGAUGGUGGAAAAGUGCAUUAG